AGAGCAUCAGACAUAAGAGUAAAUCAACCGGAGAACAAGCCUAGGAUCCGAGGCUUGUCCCGAAAGCGACUUCGAAAGGGCAUUUAGGCGAAGCAGGGUUGACUAGGUCCUGGUCCGACCAACAUCCGAUGAAGUCUACUCCAGACGUCGAAACAACUCCAGAGGCCAACAGUGAGGUUCCCUGAGAACCCUUUUCUCAUAGUGAGGGGCCAGUAGAUGAAGCGCAGAGGGUCGCAGGCGGAAGCAAGCUCUUGACUCCGGUCCCUUCGCACGAGCAAACCACUCAAAGAUAACCAGCUUCAAACACGGAAAAGGCAGGGUACAACGACUGUCAAACCUCCUUCUAGAACUUGAAGAGCAGAGGAGCCGAGGGCUCCCAAAUCAUGAGUACGUUAAGGGCAAAACUUGAUUCCUUAUCUCGUGCUCAGCGCAACUCUCCAGCAACGGUUACGUUCUCUUCAACUUGGAUUCAAUGGUUUCAAACCUCCUAGCUCUUUUUGUUAUGUGAUUAUUGCUAGGAUAUGUAUUUACCACUUUUCAACUAAAUAAAAAGUGAUAAUAAUUAAAAAAAAAAAAGAGAGAUCUACCGUAGCAUGUUCUACCAUCGCAAUCUCACAUAUGCAAUUCAUUAUUAAUUUUUGUUGACGUGUAUAUUAAGUUUUCACUAUUUAUAUACAAAACAGUUACAGAAACUGCCAAGAUCCAAAACUAUAAGAUAAUCAUGUAUUAUUAUUAUAUUAAGCCGAGUCGGAUGAAAUGAAGCAAAAUGGAUAUUCCACACGUCGAAGAUACCUCUAAAUCUCAACUUUCUUAUUAUUCAGUUCCUUACUCUUUAUUUUAUAUACGCAAAAGAAACUAUUUAUGCACAUUUUUUGUGUGUAUCUAUAUAUACAUAAUUAUAGUCAAGACAAGACAAUCAAGUACAGAGGUAGAAAAAGGAAGAAGAUGGAGAUGUUUUUGAAGAAAGAGUACUUAGAUCUUGUUCUUGUCCCAUUUGGAUUAAUCAUAGUUUUGUCUUACCAUCUAUUUCUUCUCUAUAGAAUCCUUUACUUUCCUUACCACACCAUUAUCGGUUUCAUGAACAUAGACAAAACCAUUUGGGUUGAACGUAUAAUGCAGGCAAAAAAAGAUGAAUUGGGUUGUGCUCUAACUGUUCUUUCGAGCAGCAUAUCAGCUUCAACAUUCAUGGCAUCCAUUGCUUUAACACUGAGUUCACUUAUCGGCGCAUGGAUUGGAAGCUCACCGGUCAACAUGACUGUUUUUACGGGACAUUUUGUCUAUGGAGACACAAGUUCAAUCACAAUGGUCAUCAAAUACACCUCUCUCCUCGUGUGUUUUCUAGUCGGCUUUUGUUGUUUUGUUCAGUCCACAAGGUGUUUCUUACAUGCGAACUAUCUCAUCACCACUCCUGGUGACGAUAUCCCACCAGAAAUGGUGACGAGAGCCGUUUUGAGAGGUGGAAACUUUUGGUCGCUUGGUCUUAGGACUCUUUACUUGGCCCUUGAUUUAUUGCUGUGGCUUUUUGGACCGAUACCGAUGUUUGUUAACUCGGUUUUGAUGGUUGUUUGUUUGUAUUAUCUCGACACGAACUCGGUGGUUCAGCCUCUUUACCACCGGACUUUCGAGGCGGAGCAAAUUGUCAAGAGAAUGAGAGGUGUUUUGCCUGAUCCGUUGACUUUUAAAUGUAACUGAAUGCAAAUUUAUUUGACUAUUCAUCAAUUUGCCAACUUGGAAAUUUCCAUCGUUUUAAUAUAACCAAGUGGUAUAUUUUCUAUAUUUAGUAAUAUUAAAACUUCAAAUUAUGGAAAAGACGUAAGAAAUUAAUCAAUUAUUGCAUGAGAUUUGAGAAAGCCGUACGGAACGGGAACGGGAACGUCUCUUCUUUGUGUGUUUUAAUUAUUUGCACGAUAAAGCGUUAACGAAAACAAGUGAGCUGUUUAAUUCAUUCUUGGAAGCAACUACUUAGACAUUUUCUCUAGCUUUGAAAACUGUUAUAAAUCCAUGAUAUGGAUAUGUGGAUUGCCAUUAACCAUCAAGGAGGUUUACAUCUGACCCGACUAUCCGGUCCGUCUACACCCGUCUCCGGUUCGUCUCAUCCGUCCAAGACUAGUCAAGAUGAAGACUCAUUCAACCGGAGCAUUUAUGAGCUUUGACCAAGUCUAGAUAUUUGUGGUCAAUAUGUAAUAAAUGUGUAGAUACUCUCCUUUGUUGUAAACCCUUGGAACCUCCACUAUAUAUUGAUAGUGAGAGCUAAUGAGAAAGACACAACUUUCACAA